ACUUAACAUCACAAAUUUGUUGUAGCUGUAUUUCUCCUUUUAAUUUUCUUCCUUUAAAUUUACAAUAUUGAUACUGUGUUGUUCCCUUUACGGUAGUGUUUAAGUUAUAAAAUAUAGAAAUACCCGUUACUCUGUUGACGUUUUGACUAGACGGUACGUACUAAAGACCUGUUGGGCAGAAAGUGUUUUGUCAUCUUGUGUGGCUGCCACUAUUUUGCACCCACAACGAUUCCCUCUAAACUCUAGUGACUGCAGGAAGAACCAUGGCCUCUAUUCCCAUCCCUGGAAGUGAGAAUGGCAAUAUAGAGGAAGAGACCUCCCGCUCCCCUGGCCUGCCGCCCUCUACCCUGGACACCCUGAAGCAGGACGAGACUGAUGGGGUGCCCCUCGACACGCCCUGGACCUUCUGGAUUGAUAAAGCUACAAGGGGAGCAACAGCAGCUCAAUAUGAGGCCAACAUGAAGAAAAUAUACAGUGUCUCGACAGUUCAGAGCUUUUGGUCAGUUUACAAUCACAUACCUGAUGUUGCGGAGCUGUCUCUGCGCUAUUCCUACCACUUGAUGAGGGGUAACAGGAGGCCCAUGUGGGAAGAUGAAGGAAAUCAGAAUGGGGGAACAUGGAGAAUUAAAGUAUCAAAGAAAGAUACAUCACGUUUGUGGAAGGAGCUACUUUUAGCAGCAAUUGGUGAACAGUUUGAGGGACACCUAGCGCCCGGAGAUGAAGUGUGCGGCAUCUCCGUCUCUGUGAGGGAGCGUGAUGACCUGUUACAAAUCUGGAAUUAUGACUGCAACCUUACUAAUCAAGCAUCAGUAAUGAAGAAAGUCCAUAGUCUAGUCCCAGACAUUUUCUUUAAUGCUGAGUUCUAUAAACCUCAUCAGACUCAUCAUGCCUAUGAGGGUGAGAAAUCACAGCUAAGCAACAUGAUGAUGAUAAACUCAUGAACAUGGUGUGUUGUAGGUUUGUAUAUGCUCACACAAAAACUUUUUAUAAGUCACAGCUCAUGGGUUUACACUCAUUCCUAUGCCUGAUAUCUUCCUCGUUAAAUAUGUAUUAUAGCAUUAGAUACUAUUUAUCUGUUGUAUGCUAUAGAUCUUUAUUAAGGAUAGAGAAAGAUUAUAUUGGUCUUAGUUCUUUGGGUAACGACACAGAUUGAAUUUGAAAUUGACUUGAUAUUAUUGUACAGUUUCUGAUGCUUAAGUCUGUGUUGAGUUGUAGGAAGUCCCAAAUGAGUUUUUUGUUUUUUGCAUUGACUAGAUUUUAGUGACAUUUUCCUUUACUUGUGUGUAACACAGAAUAGAGGAGGUCUUGUCUUAUUCUGUGCGGAGAUGUUUAUGCAUUCUUUUAGAGUAAGAGUUAUUGUUUACCUGAAAAGAAAAAAAAAAAGAUACAUUUAGUCCACUAUUGAUACUUAAAGUUGAACUGUAAGCAAAAUCAGGAGGUGCUUUUUUAUCUUUUCAGUAAUUUUAAUUCUGUAAAUAUAUAUGUAUGAAAAACUUAUCUGUCAAACAAGAAUAUUUCCCUUUAUUUUUUUUUAUUAUUAUUAUUAUUAUUAUUAGAGGCUAGUAUCAUGUUAUUAUCAUCAUUCCAUUGAGUAUUCAAAUUUGUCCAUGUAUAUCAUUGAAAAUAUUUUGCAUAAAUAUCAUUCUUCAAAGCAGUUCAUGAGUCUUAAGAUACUUACUGUGAUAAAGUAUGCUAUGAAGCACAUUAAUGCAUUUUUACAAAUAUGAACUAUGUGAACAGUGUAGUCUUUUAUGUGAAAUAUGCACAAAAUAUCACACAGAUGCCUUGGAUUUCUGUUGAGAAUAUUUUCAUUGUGCUUUUAGCAUGAAUACAGAAACACACACACACACACACACACACACACACACACACACACACACACACACACACACACACACACACACACACACACACACACACACACACACACAGACCUCUGUUGUCUGGAGACUAUUUGUGAAAAAAAGAUAUAUAGUGAAAAGUACCUGGUCUAGGCAGCAAUUGUUUGUAAUAUGAAGAUUGAUACUUAUAAGACAGGUGAACCAAUCUAAGUCUGAUUUACAUAAGUAAAAAAUGAAUAUCUUAAAAUAUAAAUAGAAUGUUGA